CUCUUGUAGUUCGUCUCUGAAGCUCGUCCAUUCGUCAACUAACUCUGAAGAUAGCUCAUCAUCCCAACCACAAUGACAAAGCCAUAAUUUUUGGAUCAUGAUCUUCGCUGUAAUUACAACAGGUGAGAGCCAGCCAAAAGGAUCAAAUAAGCUAGCGACAUCAGAUAAAAUUACUCUUUUUGUUACAGGUGUCCUGAUCGCUGGUAAGUUUACUGAAACGUGAAAAGUGUCAUCCUUUCUAUCCCAGGUAAGUCCCAGUAUCUUUAUUAUUUUAUCUAAUUUAAUUUCUUUCUUGUCUUUUACAGGUUCCGGAGUCUUCGAGUCAUCAGUCAAGUCCUUCAGGAGUUCUUCAGAGUUGCUAGACCACUUCUGCAUCUCGAACCCACCUGCCUUUAGUAAUGCCUUAAUUUCUUUACAGGUUUCUUUCAUUUCGUCGAGAUCUUCGUGUCCUGUCAUAAGGUCAUCCAUGUAGAAUGAGUUUCUUACUACCGCCGCUCCUCGAGGGUAGUUGACUUGUUCAUCAUCAGCCAAACGUUGAAGAGUACGUACAGCCAGAUGAGGUGUCGCUGCUGUACCGAAUGUAACUGUAAGUAGCUUAUAACUAUCUAUUCUUUCAGAUGUGUUAUCCCGCCAUACAAUGCGUUGUAAGUCUGUGUGUUUGUCAUCCAUUCUUACCUGACGAUACAUCUUUAUAAUAUCGCCAACAACACAGAUUUUGUGAGUUCUCCAUCUAAAUACCAGACUACGUAAGUCUGGCUGUAUUGUAGGUCCUACCAUCAUGCUGCUGUUUAAAGAACAUCCGUUUGGGGCCUUUGCUGACGCGUCAAAAACUACGCACAGCUUCGAUGUCUCUUUAUCUUCUCUUAUUACAGCACAAUGAGCUAGAUAUACUGCAUUAUCUUCGUCUUCUGGGUCGACCUUCUUCAUGUGGCCCAGCUGUAAGUAUUCGUGUAUUACCUUAGUGUAUUCAGCUUUCAGAUUCUCGUUCCUUGCGAACUUUCUUUCCAGCUGCUGUAGCCUCACUACUGCCUGAUGCUUUGUAUCUCCACACGAUUUUACAGUGUCUUCAAAGUUUGUCUUUAAAGGAAGUUGUACUACGUACCUCCCUGUGUCGUCUCUCCUUGUUGUUUGUUGAUAUAUUUCCUCGCACCGUUCUUCCUCCUUUGUCCACAUGCUCUGCUUCGUGUAUAGUUCAGAUUCAACCUCCCAAAACUUCUUCAGGAGAUUAUUAUCCUCUUCAAUUUGUCCAGUAACAUGUAGACUUGUAAUGUGCUGUGAAACAGUAAAUGAUGUAUUAUUAUUACCCCCUGACAAAAUCCAGCCCAGGUGUGUUUUUUGUGCAAUAAAGUUUCCUGGUCCCUUCAUUAAACCUGCUUCUAGGAUUUUGCUGUAAACUUUCGCACCAAGGAGAAUAUCAAUCCUACCGGGUGAGCCAAAGGUGGGGUCAGCUAAAUCUAUUUCGUAAACUUGUGGCCAAUUAAGACUUCUAAUUUCCCUAGAUGGUAGCUGACGGGUUAUAGUUUUCAAUACAUAAGCAUCUACAUUUAAACAAUAGGAAAUAUCGUACCUUGAUUGAAUGUUCAACGUUACCCUAUGCUUGAUUGUCGUCUCACACUCUUCAACGGCAGAGAUCACUCCGCUGACCUUGGUUUUCUUCAAACCCAGCAAAUCGACCGCCCUUGCAGUCGCGAAGGACUCCUCCGAGCCCUGGUCGACGAGAGCCCGCAGCACGUGUGACUGCCCCGACUCCGCUGUGACGUGCACCAAUGCUGUCGUCAGCAAGGUGCCUAGACCAGGUUGUAGACCUCGUGAUGCGCUCGACGACGUGUGCGCAACAACGACGAAUGUGCACUUCACUUCGCUCGUUGCAGUUACAUGAAACAUCUUUGUUUUCACAGGUUUGUAUACUUUACUUGCAGGUUCAACCAUCUCCAGGGUACGAAAUCUGUUUUCCAGGAACGAUUUUAAUUUAUCAAAACUAGGUAAGUCGUCAGACUCAUCUCUGCUAAUUAACUCUUCCCAUUCCUUGUGAGUGCUCGAGUCCAGUUUUGAUACUAUAGAAUAGUUAACGAUUGCGUCCCAAUGAUUUGUAGGUAAGCCUAGAUGUUUCAGUGCACUCAUACAUUCUACCGAAGUGUCUAACAGUUGUCUUAAAGCUGUAGCUGAUUCUUGUGUUAUCGUUUUUUGUGUAUAGAAUUUCUUAAAAACACAGUUCGCUAUAUAUCUCUUAUUGGCAUAACGUUUCUUCAGUACUAACCAAGCUUCCUUAUAAUUUUCAGCAGUUAUAGAAAAUUGUCGUAACAAUGCUUCCGCUUCUCCAGCUAAACUGCUCUUUAGAUAAUGUAGCUUCUGAACAUCUUGUAAAGAUUCAUUGUUAUGCACUAAUGCCAUAAAUAAGUCAUGGAAAGACUGCCAUUCAGUGUAGUUGCCAUUAAAAGAAGGUAGCGAAAUUCUUGGCAAUUUAACUUCACUACUAUUCGAUGUACUAGGUGUACUAGGUGUAGGUGUGUGUUUAGACUCACUUUUUGUCGGCUCCAUACUUUCUAACUUAGACAUCAUUUCGCCUUUGUAAGUGUAAUACACUUCUUCAAAAUCCUCACACAUGUUGUCAGCGAAAUAAUUUGUAGCUUGACGCUGUUCCAUAGCGACCGACAAAAUUAACAUUUCAUGUACGGCUUUAAACUCCUUCCAGUACGUUUCCAGUGUAUCUAUUCUUCCCUUCACAUAACCAGCUGUUAAUCUCUCCCUGGGAGAUUUCUUGUAGUUAACGUACGCCUUUUUCACCUUCUCUAAAGUAUCGGCCUGAAUAACUAUAUGUUUUUCAAUGUUUUCCAUUGUAGUAAAUGUCUAUCACAAAAUACAGUCAAAAAAAACACCACGUAAAGUACGUAACCACUGUAGGAAAGUUCCAGUCCUUUGUUAACUUUUUAUGAGUAGGGUAAGCGAGCGCCGCACAAAAUUGUCCAACAAUUUCACCCAAAUCACGGCGGCUCACUACUGUAAUACACGGCACAGUACUGUCUUAUUUGUAGUUAAGAACCACAAAACGUUUGUAUGCACAAUACACCUUGUCCUUAGUUCGAUUAUAGCACUUAAUUAAUAUGCAAAACUGUUUUGUUAAAAACACCGAAUUGUCUUAAUCCUUAUCGUUCUUUUUGCUUAAUUCACUUGAGUUGCAUAUUUGUCCAACGAAUUAAACACAUUUCAACUGUUAUUUAACGUUAUUUCACCGAAAUUACACUAAUUUUCUAUUGAACCAAUUAUUUUUACGAGUCACUGUCCGAGCAUCUUGGUUCGUAUGGACCAUGUUCUUUACGGGAUAAGGUUCAAUUUUGCUUGGGAGCAAGUAGUAAGUCAAACGCGUCUGGAUAUUAAACUUGAUUUAUUGCAACUAAACGAGAGGGUAAAAAUGCAUAAGUAUAGC